AUGCAACACAAACCAACGGCUCUAAUCGUUGACUUGUUAAGCGUCGACGCCUUAAUGUUAGAUAGGAAGUUCAACAUGUUGACUUUUAUAUUCCUCUCUUCAAAUGCGAGAUUUCUCGCGUUGAUGAUGUAUUUUUCCACUGCAGGAAAAUAUGUGAUUGACGAGCACAUUUUCAAGAAGAAACUCUUAGCUGUAUCGGGAUGUGAACCGCUCUGGUUUGAGGAUAGUUUGGAAAUAUUCCUUGACCCAUCCAGCCAGAUUUACAAGGAAAGUGUUCCACUCAGUUUAAUAUACUCGAUGGUUGAUGGUAUCAUCGUGAAUAUAUGGGAUGAUAUGGAGCCUAAGACUCUGAAAUCUCUUAAGGACCCAAAUCUAUUAGGUCAAAUCGCUCGUGCAACGAUUUAUCCAUUGCCCGUUGAUCCAUCAAAAACCAACCAUCCAGUUUUGGAUUGGUUAAACAAACAACAGCACGAGUCGGUCAUUUACAUCUCAUUUGGAAGUGGGGACUCUCUCUCGGCUAAACAUCUAACUGAGUUGGCUUGGGGACUCGAGUUGAGUCAGCAACGAUUUGUUUGGGUGUCCAUCUACCCAUAG